AUGUUUGGCGCACUAAAUCGGUUCAUUGGGAGAUUAGACGGUGAACCAGUGCCGCAGUCCCGAACGGGUCCCAGCGACAAUGCAUAUGGCUUUCAGGUACUCCGCAAUAAAGAUACGGAGCUCCCUUUGGAGCCAUGGUUUGAUUUCAUCAUAGGAAUUAAUGGGCACUCUAUAGAAGAUCCAGAUCCCAACCUUUUUGCGACAGAAGUCCGUAACUGUGCUGGCUCUAGUCUCACGCUAGAAAUAUGGAGCGCCAAGGGCCAAAGAACCCAUACAGUCACAGUCCCAGUGUCAGCAACCACACCUUCUCUCGGCCUCGCACUUCAACUCGCACCACUCUCAUCGACCCAGCAUAUCUGGCAUAUCCUCGGGAUUCCUUCACCUUUAAGCCCUGCAUAUCGUGCAGGACUACUUCCGCACUCCGACUACAUCAUUGGAACGCCGAGCGGGACAUUACGUGGCGAAUCUGCCCUCGGGGAGCUAGUGGAGGAUCACCUCGACCGUACCCUCGUUCUAUGGGUCUACAACAGCGAGUUUGACGUUGUGAGGGAGGUGGAGCUCGUACCUACGAGAGGGUGGGGUGGUGAAGGUGCUCUGGGUGCUGAACUAGGCUACGGCGCUUUACACCGGCUGCCAGUUGGACUUGGCGAGGAGGUUGAGGGACCUGGUGAGGUGGUGUUUGAAACGCAGGAAGGUGGACAAACUGGUACAUAUGCAGACAGUUAUGCUGCUCCGAAGGCCUUUGAACCAUCGGGUGGAAACUACUUGGUCCCUGCGAACCUGGUAUCACCACCCCCUCUUGUGCCACAAGGAAGGGUCAUGUCGCCUCAAAGUGGCGUGUCUCCGGCAAGCAGGCGAGGAGCCAAGGCCAGACACGGGAUCUCACCCAACAGGGCAUUUGAUGACUAUUUUGCCGAGGGGGAGCAGAAGAGUCGAGAGCAAGAUUUCACGUCCUCACGGAGAGGAACACCUUUGCCUCCUCCGCCCAAGGUUGGUGCUCCUCCAUCCUCCGCAUCAGGAAGCAGCCCAGCGCCUGUAGCAGCCGAGGCAGCACAUCAAGCGGAUUUCGACGGUGAACCAGGUCCGGCAGAGGAAGAGUAA